GGUCGGAGCUGCUCCGUGUACGGGAUCAGUAUUACUGGAAACAAUGGCUGACCAAUCCGUGGAAGACAAGAACCUCGAGCUCGCUGCUCUGCGCAAGAAGCGCGCCUUCCGCAAGUUCAGCUACCGUGGCGUGGACCUGGACAAGCUCCUGGACCUGAACCAUGAGGAGCUCAUGGACCUGGUGAACGCCCGUGCCCGUCGUCGUUUCUCGCGUGGCCUCAAGCGCAAGCCGAUGGCUCUGAUCAAGCGUCUUCGUAAGGCCAAGGCUGCUGCCAAGCCCAUGGAGCGCCCCGAGGGUAUCAAGACCCACCUGCGUAACAUGAUCAUUGUGCCUGAGAUGAUCGGCUCGGUCGUCGGUGUGUACAACGGCAAGGAGUUCAACGGCAUUGAAAUUAAGCCUGAGAUGAUCGGCCACUACCUUGGUGAAUUCGCCAUCUCUUACAAGCCGGUGACCCACGGUCGCCCCGGUAUCGGCGCCACCAACUCCGGCCGUUUCAUCCCGCUUAAGUAAGCGACUUGAAAGGUACACUGCAAGGCAGAUGGAUGUCAUAUUUGAUGUGGUGUCUUCUCUGCUGCUCCCUUUGGGGUUGAGCCAUUGUAAUACACUCUUCUAACUUGGGAGAUCCUUUCCGGAACUUAU